AUGCAUGCGAAGGCAGACACACCCAAGGAGGAGGUCAUAAAACAGGCAAGCGAACAUGACACAUGUAUGGAAAACCAACCCACCGAGAAUAUCAAGACUGAAGUUGCACCGCACGCCGCCGAACGCCGAGAGGGACCGGACGACAUCACCAGCCAAGCGGAGGACGUCAUCCAUGGCAUAGAGGGACAGCCCGCAUCACCGCCCGCAGAAUGCCAAGAGGAGCCGGACGACAUCACCCGCCAAGCCGAGGACGUCAUCCAUGGCAUAGAGGGACAGCCCGUACUACCGCCCGCAGAAUGCCAAGAGGAGCCGGACGACAUCACCCGCCAAGCCGAGGACGUCAUCCAUCAGAUUGAGAGACGAGCUCCAUUUUCGAAGGUGGCCAUUAGAAGGCUGGAGUUCAUGAAUAAAGUGGACUCACCUUCAGCCACAGGUUGGGACUCCGUUCUCCCAUUGGCUAUGUGCGUGGAAGAUCCGCGAGUGGCGCUAGCGCACCUGCGCAUUGUUCUGCCGAGCGACCCAACCUGGAGGGACACCAACUAUCAGCGGCUUGUCGAUAUUCAGCGCUCGCUAAACGCCAAUGCCUCCUCAACUCCAGCUCAAACUCCGAAUCAAACAGGCAACAGAAAACCAGCCGUCUCUCCCGAGCCCAUGGCAGACGAUGUUGAGUCGAUCGCCACCGAGAGAGGAGGAAGAGAAGAAGAAGGAGAAGAAGAAGAAGAAGGAGAGGAGGAAGACGAAAAGAAGGAGGAAGAAGAAGAGGAGCUGACCAAGAGACCUCGUUCAACGGCCAUCUUCCAGAUGGAAGCAACCUCUCAGACUCCGUCUGUGGAUUUGGACAAAGGGAGUAAGACGGGAGUGUUCUGGUCGAAUGCUGAUCUGCUAAUGGCGGCACGCCUAGUCAGCAAUUAUUCUGCGCAUGAGCAGAACACCGAAACACAUCAGAAGCCUCCGGUCAGUUUGCUCAAGGAUCCAGAACAGAUGCGAAGGGUUUACACGCUUAUCUACGACGUUCUAAGGUAUAAAUCUGUCCUCACGGAGGCACUCAAUCAUCUAAAUUUCAUGGAAGAGCAUCCUCAGUUGAAGGAAGACAAACUGCUGUUGAUCUGCCUGUUUUUCUACAACCUGUACCGGAAGCAGUUCCGUUUCCGAGAGCCAAUCGAGGUCAGUGACCUUCAGGAGGUCAACGACCUCUUGUGGAAAUCGCGCGUGCGCCUAGGCGCAAUCGUGUCGCGCAUGCGCAUUGCGCGCGAAGCCUACGACCUUGAACAGCUGUUACCCGAGCAUCUGAUCGACGCGAGGUCGAAGGUCAAUGACCGCAUCGUCUGCGGAUGGAUCAACUAUUUCAAGGCAAAGCCAAGAGACGUGUUCGCGGAAUUGGACGCGUUCGGCCUGUCUCACUUGCCUGAAGGCAGCGGGGAUCACCUGAAGCCUCUCACGUACAAACUGGAUCACAUACUGCCUCGGUUCUUGCAUGCCAUGCCCAAAUCCAGGCAGCUCUUCACCUGUUCAUCGCUGUUCGUCGAGAAUAAGGUCAUCAUGCAGGAGCGUACAUUCUGCCUGGGCCCAGCGUCUGUGGCUCAGCUACUGGUGGACUUGGCUCUGACAGGCGUGGUGGCCCAAACGCACGUCAGUUCGCUUGUCACUGUGGCCUAUCUGGCCAACCUACUCGCCACCAAUGAGAAAGUCGACGGCCUUAUAGUAUUUGGAGCUGGUAGCCGGAAAGAGUUGUGCGAAGAAUAUCUGCUAGCUCUGGGCGUGACCAACACAACAGUGGUGGCAGCCUCGUUCAGCAAGCUAAGCGCGGCUGACUCGGACCAGAUGCUGGCCAAUGUGGUGACUGUCUUGGCCACACCCCCCAACACCAACAGUCAUGUCAGGGACCCGGUCGACCUUUCCGUGGCGCGUGGAGGUGACCUACUUCUUCUGCAUCAGCUGACUCAGGAGACAUUCCACACCAGCAGUCAAGGUCACACGCAGGUCAUGCAUACCAUGCUGGCCGAACAACGCAACACGCUCAGGAUGUCCAUGUCAAAACCUCAGAUUCAAUUUGUCGUGUACGAGACUCAUUCCCGUUACGACUUGGAGAAUUCAGAGAUGGUCGUGAGAGUCAUUACUGAGAUGAACGGCUACGCGUCCGAGAAGCAUCUCGAAGAGCAGCGAAAGAGGAGGUAUGGGGGGGCUGGGGGUCCCCAGGAUCCCUCCGCCCCGGAAGGGGGAGCCUCGAUGGACCUCGGACAGCCCCCCAACAAGAUGGCUGCCACAGCCCCCGAGGAGGAGGUUAAAGAAGCCUUCAUACCGCCUCCUGAGGAGAUCACUAUUAAUGUACCAGCAUGUGAUCUGUUCGAAUUAUCACCUCUACCUGACCUCUGUCCUCACAGAGAUGAGUGUCUCAAGCUUGGAGAGGAGGGUACCUAUAUUGCUGUUAUGAAGCGUAAGGAGAUCACCCGCCUGGACCCGAAGUACAUGAUCGAGAUGGCCGAGUCACGUGGUCUGUUCGGCUCGAAGGGAGGAGCAGGAGAUGGGGGUGAGGGUGGAAACGCAGCUCGCCGUAGGGAGCAGAGACGCAAGGCGGCUGCGGCUCAGCGAUUGCAGCGCUCUCGCUCCGACUCGGCUGAUCCCAGCAACAAAUCCAAGAUUAAAGUGGAACUGGACCGCAUAGCCGCGCCGACGCACGCGUCAAUGGUGCGCGACGUUCGUUUGCCGAGUGGAGCGAGUCUGGAGUGUGCACGCCACAAACUGCACUUGAGUGGCCCUCGACCACGCAGCGACUCACGGGCCCGUGUCUGGUGGACUCAACUAGCUGAUCACGUGCUGGAUCUCAUCAGAGAUCACGUCGACCUGUCUGCGGACAGUCUGCCGACUGAUCUGCCGCGUCUGCGCCUCAGGCGGUCACGUCUGCGGCCCCUAGUAACCAAGAGAAAGGAGACAGCAACCCCCCGCACGCCCCUGCCAAUGCAUGUCAACUACAUCGAGUUCGAGUCGAGCGAUGAUGAUGAUGAUGAAUCGACCAAUGACGAUGACAUUCUCCAACUCUGUCCUUGUCUGGCAUCUGUUCUCACAUCUGCGCCAAACAGUUUGUUCACUGCUGUAUCCUAGUAGUCAAUCACAUUCAUUACUUAUUCGGAUGGACACGUUAAACUGUCGGCCCCGGCUGCCUAAAAACAGUCAUUGAUCUGAAAACUUUCAUACCAGACCUGAGCCAGCGAUGUUACAUGAUAUGACUAUAUAUAAUAGUUAUGAUAUGAUUGUUUUUUCUUUAAGGCUACUCUUAAAUAUAAA